AUGGAAGUAAACGAUAGCUCAAUGAUUCUUCAAAAUAAUAGCAGUAGUGUAACAGUAGCAGACUCAGUAUGGAAGUUCAUCAAUAGCCCUGUGAUUGCAAUCUUUUCUGAUUUAAAAAAUGCAACAGCCAAGCAAAUGCUUUCUUCUCUGUUGGAGUCAAUACUUAAGGGAUCUGCUACUUUGACUACAGUUUUAGUUCCACCUUUCAAUAAUGGGAUACCGAAUGAAACAUUACAAUGUCAAUAUGCUGCAUUUGGCACCUGGCUAUUUGGGAUAAUGUUUCAUAUAAUUGGAGAUCCUUUAAGUGAUAAUAUUUUAAACAAUAGUAUAGAAAUACAAGCUUGUAUGCUUCGUAUAUUAUCUAGACAUCACAUAACAAUGUUUGAAACAAUUAGUCUCGAAUAUAUGAAUAUUCUCCAAGAGAUAUCAGAAUUUUAUAAAACAAAUUUAGAUGAAAAUGAAAUUGUAUUGGACAAGUUUAAUGCGGAAAGGAACAUUAUAGAGAAUCUAGAUCUACAAGCAUUUCCUAUUACACUAAAGUGUUCUAAUAUACCAUUGGUUCAGAUAUCUAUAUUGAAAAUCAUAGAAAGAACAGGAAUUUCAGGUUGGAAUCAGAAAGUACUAUCUCAAACAAUAUUGCAAGUUAUUAUGAUAUCUGUUCCAAAUGUGAAAUUUGUAGCAUUAGAUGUCUGCGUAAAAUUGAUGAAAUUUUCGUUAUUGGAGAGACAGGAAUUUGAAAGCUUGAUUCUUUAUACUAUUGAAGUUAUUAAAGGAAUUCCUACAUGGUUGAACUUGAAUGAACUAUCAGAAAAUCAGUUGAGACAAUUUUUAUGGACCCUAGUUCAAUUUAUUCAGUUUUUACCUACAUUUGUAAAUAGUAUAGAAGUUUGUUUUCAAAUCAUUGAUCUAACAGUUUAUGAACUAAUAUGGUUUGCUCCUAAACUCAAUGCUGUGGAAGCACUUAAAGAAGCUGCGUGUAAUAAAAUUCGACUAUAUUUUAUGAAGGAACCAAGAAUCUGUACCUUUUCUGAAGUACAGAAACUUGUUUCGUAUUUCGACCAUUUUCCGGAUUUUAUUGACAUUUUUGUCCAAACCGUUCUCAUUGAUGUUAAAUACACUGGUAGUAAAAGUAGUUCUGUCAGUGAUAUUUGUAAAUCAUGGAAUUUAUUGAAGAAAGAAUUAAUAACUGCAACAGAAAUGAGAAAAUUUGACAAAUCUCUUCAUAUUUUAAAAGCCUCGCGUAUUUUACAGUCUUGGCUGAAAGAUCUACAAUUGCCUACAAAUUUAUAUACAAACGAAUUACAAGACAUCUUGAAUAUACUCCUGCAGAAUUUAAAUUCGGAACAUUGUGAGCAGAAAAAGAUUAUUUUUGAAAAUUUAGCUCAUCUUAUGGCACAUAAUGAGUCAAAUAAAGACUUAAUUGAGAAAAUAUUAGCAUUACCAUUUACUCAACAUAUUGCAAUUUCUGAGAAUGUAGUGAGUAAUCACAUGAAAGAAACUGCCAGGUCUCUUGACAAUGCUACAAUGUUAAAAUGUCUUGAAGUUUUGUGUGAAUAUGGUAAUGUAACAGACCGGUUAAAAAUAUUGAAUACCUGUAUAAUUAACUGCGAUACGGAAUUAUCGAUAGGAGCAGUGUUGAAUAGUAUUUUGCUUUUAAAAAAUGGAGAAAUAAAAUUAGAAGAUAUUUCAAAAUAUGUUCUUCAACCUGCAUUACAUUCAAAUGAACAAAAGGUUCACGAAAUGCUUGUGAUUGUAUUAGGUAAAAUGAGUUGUUAUUUAUCUGGACAUGCAACUUUUAUAAGGGAUACAAAUGUUACAAAAUGGACAAUACAAUGCAAGCGUUGUAACAAUUGCUCUGAAAGCAGCUCUGUAAAUGCUAAUAUUUAUCAUGUCUCAGAAGAACAUGAUCGUCUGCUUAAUCAAUGUUUCAGUUUAUUGUCUUCAAACUUUGCUUCAGUACGUUUGCGCAUUUCUGAAAACAUUCUCUGCUUUUCAAAUCACAUUUCAUCAUUUAAUAACACUGAAGUAGCAAAACUGUGGUUUCCAUACAUGGAAGAUGAAAAUUCAGUAAUUCGUUUUAAUAUCGCUGCAACAGUAAAAGGAGUAUUGAUGAAUAAAAUAAAUACUGUAGCUGUAUCUACGACAUCUGUUGAAGACGAUGUACCUGGUUCUUUGGAUAAAUUUGUUGAAUCACUUAUUAAUACCAUAGCAAGUGCGCUUAUGAAAGCUUUGCGAAGUUCAAAUCAUGCUUUACACGAUACAUUACUUGUGACAGCAAAAAAUUGUGCAUGUAUUCCAUUGCAUAUAAUUGAGAGACGAAUUUUGAACAUAUUUUUGAUUUCUGUAUUAUAUUCGACCUCGUCUUCGGCAGCAGUAGCAUUUGCUACUACUGCAUAUCACGACAUUGCUAAAUUUUUAAACGUUUCUCCAAAAGUUUUGUACAUUCGAUAUAAAAGGAAUUUUCUUAAGUUAAUAAUGCAGUGUGCAGUUUAUAAUUUUAUACAGUAUUCCUAUAAUAUGGCUACGUCGAUACAUCGAGUAGCAAAAUGUAUCGGAUACGAUGGGUCACGUCAAUUAUUACGUAAAGAUGGUCAUCAUGCAGUCUGUUUUUUGCUUUCCUUUAUUGUUAAUGUACCGAAUGCAAAAGUUCUUUUACACGAUAUAGCCGAAUUAAUUAGUAUGGAUGAGAAACAAAUGUUAAAGGAAUAUUUCCCUUAUAUUUGCAGCUAUGCAUUUUUAAACAUGCCGCUUACGACUGCUUCAGAAUGUUUGGAAUUAGUGUCAAGAAUCACGCAAACGAGUUUGUCACUUUUAACGAAAGAAUCAUUUAUGGGUAUAUUUGAAGAACUCAUGUUAAAUUUUCAUGAAUCGCCUGAAAAAAUAGUUGGACUACUAAAAAUUAUAUCGGAUUACGAUAACAGCUUGGAAAAAAAUUUCAUUAUACAUAAAGGAAUUGAAUCUUAUUUGAAUCUACGUUUACACGGUAUAUUAGUAAACUUUGAUAUGAAACUUGGGCCUAAAUCAGAUGAACAUACACAGCAAUCUGCACUUGCUUCAUUAGCUGCACUGAUGAGAUAUAUGGGUACACAAUAUUUAACACCUUUAAGGUAUAAAAUUUUAGCAACACUGAGGACGUCGCUAGGAUUUAAAAGACCCGGAUUCGGUCCUCUUGUAUGUGAUGCGUGGAACGCGUUCAUUCAUAAUAUAAAUGUUAAAGAAAUUGGACCAUUAUUACCAACUAUAUGCGUAUCAUUAUUAUCAUUAUUAAAAAUGUAUCCAGAAGCCGUAAUUAAUAUAUUUAAGUUUUUAGUUAUACAAUGCAACGAAGAAAAUUCUGAUUACGUUGCCGAGUUAUUUUUUGUCGAUGAUAUGGAAGUUCCCGAUGAAAUUUCAACAAUAAUUAAAGCACGCAUUUUGCAAGUUAGGCCUGAAGGCUUUGAAGCAAAUUUAAAGUUAUGGCUUAAACGAAUUACUCAUGACACAGACGAAGUAAGAGCUAGAGCUUUGACAUAUUUACAAAAAUUUCUAGCCGAACAUCGAACUAAAUUAAAUGAAAUGAUUUUAAGCGGAACAAAUAUUCAUCCACUGAUUGUUGAUUUAUUGGAUACAUUAUUAAUUGGGUGUCAACAUAAAGAUGAAUCUAUUCGUUUAUUAUACGGUGAAUGUUUAGGAGAAUUGGGUGCUAUUGAACCAAGCUUUCUUCCCCGCAAAAUUAUUUCGAGAGACGACAUUCAAUUUAUUUCUGAUAUGAAUGAAGAAUUUGCCUGUGCUAUACUCUUUGAACAUGUACGAGCGUUGCAAAUGCAGAAAAGUAGUCAAAGCAUGGAUUGCUUUUCACUUGCUAUUCAAGAAAUUUUAAAAACAUACGAUAUUUCACCGAAUGGACAAAAUAGUCAACUAUGGAACAGUCUCCCUGUAACUAUGAGGCAAAUUAUUACUCCUUUCUUAACAUCACAUUACAAGAUAGCAGCCAUUAGUGACGAUAAUAUGUUUCCUCAUCCUAUUUAUAGUUCGGAACUCGGUUCUUCCGUAGAAAAUUGGGCGUAUAAUUGGCUUUAUAGUAUGGUCAGUAACAUUCGUGAUGAAACACUGAAUAACGUAUUACAAGCGUGUAAAUUGGCGCUUAAACGGGAUAUAAAAAUACUAACAUUUUGUUUGCCUCAUGUUGUAUCAUACAUAAUAACGAAUGGCACAGAAGAAGAACACAGAAAAAUACGGGAAGAAAUAUUGACGAUAAUCGAUGUCAGAAAAAAACCAACGCUUGAUUCGGAAUUGUCGUGUCAUCGACCUCUUAGACAUGGACACAGCGUGAAAGCAGAUAAUACAAGAAUUUCUGAAGAAACUAGACGAACACGUUGUGCUCAGAUUGUGUUUUCGGUACUAGAUCAUCUACAAAGAUGGCUUUGGGAACAGCGAUUAAAGCGUGAUCAUAAAUACGAAGCACUUAAGGGAUUUUGCGAGAAACUAAAUACAUUAGUAGUAGCUGAGGGUUGUUACCAAUCUCGGGAAUAUCAUAGAGCAUUAAUGUACUUAGAACAACAUAUGGCUUCCUCUAAUAAACGGUUGUCAGAAGCAUUGGAGGGUGGAUUACUUGCUAAAAUAUAUGCACAAUUAGACGAGCCGGAUGGUAUAUCUGGUAUAUUAGCUACCCAAGAUCAUACACCUACAGUUCAGCAAUUAGUUCUGGCUCAUGAAGUUAAUGGACAACUUCAGGAUGCAGCUACGUGUUAUGAAAGAUUAGCUCAGAAAAGAGCUUUGAAACAUACAUAUUUGCAAGGCAUGAUUCAGUGUUAUCUUGGUCUCGAUCAACCCUUCACCGCGAAACAUAUUACUGAAGGAGUUUUGAGGAGUAGACCAGAGCUGGAACCAUUAAUGAUCGAACAUGAACCAUUUUGGAGAUUGGCUCAUUUUACUAGACUCGAUGACACUCCCCAAAAAAAUAUAAAGCAUGUACUACUUGAAGAUCUUAAGAAGGGUAUUAAGCCAGAUUUACUAUCAUUGAAAAAAAACUUAGUAUCACUUUUGGAGGAUGCUUCACGCCCAGGGGCUUAUCAACAAAGUUAUUCCUAUAUUAUGAAGUUACAUAUAUUAAAUGAAUUUGACAAAGCAGUUUCUGCCAUGUUAACUGACGUAGAACAAUUACCAAUGAUAUACGAAGAAUGGGAGAAACGUGGUCAACUUGUUAGGGCUUCGCGUGGAGUAGAAUUUGUUUUGAGUAUGCGCAGAGCUACGUUAGAUUUAGCGGUGCAAUUACGACAAGAAAUUGACAAUAAUGAAAGUGAGAUACUUAAGCAUGAAAUUGGUAAAACCUGGCUCAAAAGUGCCAAAAUUGCCCGGAAAAGUGGAUUACACCAACAAGCUUACAUGUAUAUAUUAUCAGCUAGUGAUUCAUGUCCAUCACAACAACUUUAUAUCGAACAAGCUCAAUUGUAUUGGCAGAAAGGUUGUCAAGAAGAUGCUUUUACAACAUUAAAACGAUGUUUUUCUAGUUGUUUCAAACCAGCAACAUAUUACAAAACUUUACCCACGAGAGAAUGCGUUGAAGAGAGGAAACAGUGCGCAAAGGCCAAACUUUUGUAUGCAAGAUACAACGAUGAAACAGUUAAUGUAGAUACUGAUGCUAAUAUUAUAAAUUAUAAAGAAGCUAUUGAAGUUUGGAGAGAAUGGGAAAAAAGUUUACUCUACUGUGCACAGUAUUAUGAAUCUGUUAUAGAUAGAAUGACCGAUGAAGAAAAAGAUACAAGAGGACGAGACUUACAAGUACAUACUAUGAAUUACUAUGGAAAGUCACUUCAGUAUGGGUGCAAAUACAUUCAUCAAUCUAUGCCAAGAAUGUUAACUAUAUGGUUGGAUUUCGCUUCUCGUGCAACAUCAAGACCUAUCUCUUACGCGAACUCAGAACAGGAUAAACUUCGAAAAGAUGCAUUAUUAAAAAUGACAAAAAUUAUGGAGGUAUAUCAAGAAAGGCUACCAAUAUUUAUGUGGCUAACUGCAUUCAGUCAACUCGUAUCCAGAAUUUGUCAUCCCUCCACGGAAGUACAAAAUACUCUCUGUACAAUAUUAGCAAAGUUAAUUCAUGCCUAUCCUCAACACAGUUUAUGGAUGAUGGCAUCGGUUAUCAAUUCUUCCUACCCUGCACGCCAAAAACGGUGUCAAGAAAUUCUCGGUCGCCCUAAACUAAAAACGGUUGAAAUGACAAAACUUAUCAAAGAUUUUCAUAAAUUGUGGGAACGAUUAAUCGAGUUAUCCAACAAAACAAUACCGGAUGGUCUUUUAAACACUACCGUAACUCAACUGUCUCGAAAUCUUCCACGCUUACUUACGAGUAAGGAUUUUAGUUCAAUUAUGAUACCAACAACCAAGUUCAGACAACUUCACUUGCCCUCUAAGGGUGCAUCUUUAGAAAAUUAUAAUCCAUUUUCUUCAAAAUGGGUUCAUAUAGUAGGGAUAGAGGAGAAUGUAGCUGUUAUGCCAUCGCUUCAAAGACCACGACGUAUUACAUUAAGAGGAUCAGAUGGUAAAGAAUAUCUUUUCAUGUGUAAGCCUAAGGAUGACCUACGAAGGGAUUUUAGAUUAAUGGAAUUUAAUGAUAUUGUAAAUAAAUAUCUUCAAAAUGAUCCAGAAUCACGUCAAAGAAGAUUAUAUAUUCGAACAUAUAGUGUUGUACCUUUGAACGAAGAAUGUGGAUUGGUUGAAUGGGUACCAAAUUUAGUUGGUUUUAGGCCUAUUAUAAUGAACUUGUAUAAAGAAAGACGUAUUGCUAUUUCAAGUAGAGAACUUAGGAGCAUGUUAUGCACUCUGAAAGAUCCGUUAGAUAAAAAGAGAAAGGUAUUCUUAGAGCAACUUUUACCGCGACAUCCCUCAGUACUUGGAGAUUGGUUUCGUCUUACAUUCCCUGAUCCAUAUGGAUGGUAUGAGGCACGUACCGCUUACAUUAGAACCACAGCAGUAAUGUCCAUGGUGGGAUACAUUCUCGGUCUUGGAGACCGCCAUGGAGAGAAUAUAUUAUUCGAUUCUAAAUGUGGUGACUGCGUGCAUGUGGACUUUAAUUGUCUAUUUAACAGGGGAGAAUUGUUUGAAUGGCCGGAACGUGUACCUUUUCGUUUAACGCAUAAUAUGGUAGACGCUAUGGGACCAUUGAAAAUUGAAGGACCGUUUAGACGUGCUUGCGAAAUAACUAUGAGGGUUCUUCGACAACAGAGUAGUACAUUAUUAAGUGUGCUAACACCAUUCGUAUAUGACCCACUUGUAAGCUGGAAUAAGAAUCAGGCCGGUGAAGGUGGUGAAAAAACAAAUGAAAAAGCUGUAGAGCAUAUAAAGAAUAUAGAACAACGGCUUAAAGGGUUGAUUCGAUCUCAUGGAAAAAAAUUAGAAAAUAUUGCUUUAAAUCUUAGUGUUGAAGGACAAACUAAUCAUCUGAUUCUAGAAGCAACAAAUGUAGAUAAUCUUUGUCAAAUGUAUUUCGGAUGGGGCGCAUACAUAUAACGGACGUUGUAAUUCAUACAAUUUAUACAUAAUUUAUACAUAAUACAGUAAACAAGUAUAAACUUCAAUUAGAGGUCAGUAUAUACAUUUUAAACUUCUGAAUUGAAGCUUCUAAGCAUCAUGAAGUACGAAAAUGCAGUACUAAGUAUCUGUAAAUGAUCAUGAUACAAUUAUUACUUCUUAUAAUUUUACAUACAAUAGUAAAUAAGAUCGUAAUAGUAAAGAUAUUUGUUAUUUUUAUAAACAAAAGUAUGGUAAACUUUACCGCAGAGAAAUUGUCUAAAUGCAUCACAUAUAGUUUUCCAGCUGUAAUACAACAAGGUUUUUGAGAACGUAAUAUGAUCAUGCAGACUUCAUCUUUAAUACAACGUGGCAAUUUGUACCAUUGAAUGCUGUAUACAGCUGUGCUUAUAUCAGUACUCUACCAUCAUAAAAAUCAAUUUACAACAAUAUAUGUAUUAUAUAUUCAACAAAAAUUGUAUACGUUAUAUUAUUUACCUGUCGCAUUAAAAUAUCGCCGGGAAAACAGAAAAGUAAUAAUUGGAAAAGUGCCACGAUUAAGUGAGAGAAGGAUGUAAUUAAUUUAGAAUGCUCUGUUAGUGCCUGUAAUUAAGAACUUGUAUGUACUUUAUAUUUUCCCGUAAAUUAAGAAACAAAAUACGUUAAAGUUAUACUUACAGUAGAAACCUGAAAUCCAACAAAACAAAUUAUGAGACUGCUAGUGAUAGUUUGUAAAAAGAGCAUUAGGUGAAAAUUCUUUUCCAUGUUAUCACAAAACCUGAAUUUCAUUAGAAUGAAAAAGAAAAUAGUAGUAAAAUGUGCACAUAAACGUAUAAAAAUCAUUUACCAAAGAAUGAUUUGAUGAUGUUGAAUCACAUGCAUCAAUUGAAUUUUUAUGUUAUACAUAUUUGUAUCUAUGUUUUUCAAAUUAUUUUCUGAAUUGGUUAUCUAUAAGGUACGAAGUUAUUACUUAGAUGAUAAUUCCAUUAGUUUUACGGUAAAACUAUAUACGAAUGAUAUGAUACAUACACAGUAAAUAUAUGAAUCAAGUUCCUUUAAUUGUUGUUUAAGUACUGCAAAAUGGCCACAUGUAUGGAGCAAAGCAGAUGCUAUUAAAGCAUCAGUUGCAAGCAUAAUCAGAGCGCAGAUAUUUGUUGCUAACACUUGGUGUAUAUAUAUAAUCUGUAGAUACAUAAAUUGAACAUUUCAAUUGAAUUGUAUUUGUAGCAAAAGGAAAGUAUAUGCAACGUGUAUAAUACCUGAUAGAAAGGAAAUUUGACAAAAGCCACAGGGGCUGCUCCAGUAAAUGGUAAACUACUAUAAAAUAAUAGUGUAUUGAACAUGGAAACAAGAUAGCCCUUUGAAAUGUAUUUAGCAUAUCUAAAAUAACAUGUUUUUAUUUAUAUUAAAACGUACUGUUAGUAGCAUUACUAUUAGUUUGGAGAUUAAUGAUAUUAUUUACAUUGCAUAUUCUUGUAAAUGUAUAAAAACAUCAACUUUAACUAUGUUCCAAUAACUUGUUAACAUGAAAUUAACAAAGUACUCCAAAUUUUUUCUGUUGAACACCCAAAUUAUUGACUUUAGUACAGCAAGUGCUAUCGUUAACAAAGAUGAACUGUAAACAAUGAGAAGUUACUACUUCUAUUAAACUUGAAUUAUUUAA